GACUCUACUCCCAGCUUCUCAUUGGCCCAUCCUUACCCUCUGUUCUCCUGGGAAGUCAAGUAUGGGUUUUGUCUGCUAGUUACCUUUAGCCCAGUGGGCAGCCACACAGGACUAGGCAUGUGACGAAUGCCCUGAGAGACCUUGGCAGGCGGGUGAGCACUGGCUGAGUUCCUUUAACCCCUGCCCCACCCCCACCCUUGCUGCCUUUUUCGUUUCUGCAGUGGUGUGUCACCUAGCAGUCAGCUGUUGGUGACACUGAUGAAGUCAGCUUAGGGCACCUCCAACACAGGACAAUGCAAGCCCACGAGUUGUUCCGGUAUUUUAGAAUGCCAGAGCUGGCUGACUUCCGUCAGUACGUCCGCAGUCUUCCAACUAACACGCUCAUGGGCUUCGGAGCGUUUGCAGCACUCACCACGUUCUGGUACGCCACGAGACCCAAAGCCGUGAAGCCACCAUGUGACCUCUCCAUGCAGUCGGUGGAAGUGGCGGGCAGUGGUGGUGCUCGCAGAUCCACGCUACUUGACAGUGAUGAGCUCUUGGCGUAUUUCUAUGAUGACGUCAAAACCUUAUACGAAGGUUUCCAAAGGGGCAGACACGUGUCAAAUAAUGGCCCUUGUUUGGGAUCUCGAAAGCCAGACCAGCCCUAUGAGUGGCUUUCAUACAACCAGGUUGCGGAAAUGGCGGAGUGUGUGGGCUCAGCACUGAUCCAGAAGGGAUUCAAGACAGCCCCAGAUCAGUUCAUUGGCAUCUUUGCUCAGAAUAGACCUGAGUGGGUGAUCAUUGAACAGGGAUGCUUUGCUUAUUCAAUGGUGGUCGUUCCCCUCUAUGACACCCUUGGAGCUGAAGCAAUCACCUACAUAGUCAACAAAGCUGAACUCUCUCUCGUUUUUGUUGACAAGCCUGAAAAGGCCAACAUGUUAUUAGAAGGUGUAGAAAAUAAGUUAACAGUAGGCCUUAAAACCAUCGUUGUAAUGGACUCCUAUGGCAGUGACCUGGUGGAACGAGGCAAGAAGUGUGGGGUGGAAAUCCUCAGCAUGAAGGCGAUGGAGGACCUGGGAAGAGCCAACAGACGAAAACCCAAGCCUCCAGCACCUGAAGAUCUUGCAGUAAUUUGUUUCACAAGUGGAACUACAGGCAACCCCAAAGGAGCAUUGAUCACUCAUCGAAAUGUAGUGAGUGAUUGUUCAGCUUUUGUGAAAAUGACAGAGAAGGCACUUGCCCUGAAUGCCAGUGACACACACAUUUCGUUUUUACCACUUGCACACAUGUAUGAGCAAAUCAUGAUGUGUGUGAUGCUGUGUCACGGAGCUAAAAUAGGAUUUUUCCAAGGGGAUAUCAGGCUGCUUAUGGAUGACCUCAAGGUACUUCAGCCCACUAUCUUUCCUGUGGUGCCGAGACUGCUGAACCGGAUGUUUGACCGAAUUUUUGGACAAGCAAACACCACACUGAAGCGCUGGCUAUUGGACUUUGCUUCCAAGAGGAAAGAAGCCGAGCUCCGCAGCGGCAUCAUUAGAAACAACAGCUUAUGGGAUAAACUAAUAUUCCACAAAAUACAGUCGAGCCUGGGAGGGAAAGUCAGGUUGAUGAUCACAGGAGCCGCACCGGUGUCUGCCACCGUGCUGACAUUUCUGCGAGCGGCGCUUGGCUGUCAGUUUUAUGAAGGCUACGGACAGACCGAGUGUACAGCCGGCUGCUCCCUGACUUUGCCUGGAGACUGGACAGCAGGCCACGUUGGUGCCCCGAUGCCUUGUAAUUUCAUAAAACUUGUUGAUGUGGAAGAAAUGAACUACAUGGCUGCCAAGGGCGAGGGCGAGGUGUGUGUGAAAGGGCCAAAUGUAUUUCAAGGCUACUUGAAGGAUCCAGCAAAAACAGCAGAAGCUCUGGAUAAAGAUGGCUGGUUACACACAGGGGACAUUGGAAAAUGGUUACCGAAUGGUACCUUGAAGAUUGUCGACAGGAAAAAGCAUAUAUUUAAACUGGCACAAGGAGAAUACAUAGCACCUGAAAAGAUUGAAAAUGUCUACCAGCGAAGUGAACCUGUUGCUCAGGUGUUUGUCCACGGAGAGAGUUUGCAGGCAUUUCUCAUAGCAAUUGUGGUACCAGAUGUGGAGACAUUGUCUCACUGGGCUCGAAAGAGAGGAUUUGAAGGCUCCUUUGAAGAGCUGUGCAGAAACAAGGAUGUCAAAAAAAGUAUCCUAGAAGACAUGUUGAAACUUGGGAAGGAGUCUGGCCUCAAACCAUUUGAACAGGUCAAAGGCAUUGCUCUUCACACUGAAUUAUUCUCCGUCAGCAACGGCCUUUUGACCCCAACAAUGAAAGCUAAAAGGCCAGAACUUCGGAAUUAUUUCAGGUCACAGAUAGAUGAACUUUAUUCCACCAUCAAAGUUUAAUGGAAGAAAGUUCAGAAGAAACCACACACCUCCUCAAUCUUCUGAUGGCCUUCACGUUGGUAAUUUGGACUACAGCAAGCAUAGGGAAGGGACCGUCCAUGUUUGACUUGUGCAUUUGGGGUUCUUGUCAUAGGAAUAUUAGAGGAAAUGGAACACUGCCUUACAGUCACCUCGUGUUGUAGACCAUGUAUCUGGUGAUAUACAAUUUCCAAAAUGAGCCUUAAAAAUUGUAAAGGGGAAACUAUAAAUGUGCUAAGUUAUUUGCGACUUCCUCAGUUAAAAAGACAGGUGUGAAACCUUCUGUCUCCCUGUUUUUCUAACCAAGGGAUUAGGACUUUGCUUUUUCUGAGAUGUCUGCUGCUCACUGCAAAUUCUGCAGUUGUCUGCUGCUCGGAAGAGUACAGUGCACUGGAGGGAAACUGUCCCUUAAGAACUAUCCCGGCUGGAGAAUGUCACAAGUGGACCAGAGGUGUUUUUGGUUUUUUUUUGAAUCCCUGCCAUCUUCUCUUCCCCAUUUCUGAUAAAGAGUUCUGAAAGCCCUGCUCUUCUCCACAGUCCCCUAUUGUUCUUGUUGCAGAAGAAGGUUCCCAGUGAAGCAAAGGACAGACCAACCCAGAACAGCAUAGAUAUAUUGAGUCUCAGAUGAAUGGCCGCUUGCCAGAGCAAAUGGAUUCUGGCGCCCACAGAGCAGAAUGCUCUCGGACCCUUCUCUGCAGACCUGAUUCCUCCCUCCAUCCCUUCCCAGGGGCUAUGAAAACAUCUGCCUUAGACUACUCUACAGUGAAGACAAGCAUUUUAAGAAGGAAAUGAUUACCUAGAAAGACCAUGCUCAACUGUGACGCCUAAAUAACUGUCCACUUUAUCUUCACUGAACCAGUCACUCUGUGUGUGUGAUGGCCAACGGAUUUUUAAUGUGGUUUUCAUAUCAAAGGUUCAUCUUGUGAUUAACUGGCUUUUUUCCCCAUAAUAAACUCUCAGGCAAGGCAUGUCUUUAAAAAGAUUAAGGGAGUAGAUAGACUUGGGUACUUAUUGAAAUGGACAGUAAUAAACAAAUACUCUUCUAUCAUCAUGCUACCUGAUUUCUAAUGAAAUGUAUUUGACAAGCCAAAAGACUAGGAUGUAGAAAUCUGGAAAAUUCAUUUCCUGGGAUGAACUUCUCAAGGGGUUUUUUAAAAAGUUAAUUUGGGAAAUUAGCAGCAUCUCACUUUAUUGCAAGCCUUUGCCACAUGUGACUGAAUUAAGUUGUCAUUGAUACAUUUAAAGCAAUUGUUUGUGGGUGUGUGAGAGUACAUGUAUUACACAAGCACAACAGGUUUGCACUAAAGAAUUGUCAUUGUAGUAACACUAUCUGGUAGCCUAACUUCAUGUGUGUGUACUUAAUUGCACAAAAGUCAAUAAUUUGUCACAUUGGGGUUUUGAAUGUUUGCUUUAAGUGUUGGCUAUUUCUAUGUUUUAUAAACCAAAACAGAAUUUCCAAAAACAAUGAAGGAAACCAAAAUAAAUAUUUCUGCAUUUCAAGUGA